AGUAAGCUUGAAUUGUCAAAACCUAACACACUCUUCAUCAUUCCAGUUUCUCACCCAAUAUAUCAUUCUCAUUCUUUUCUGUUUUCUUGUUCAUCAUAGUUUUUUUUUUUCUUCUUCUCUGUAGAAGAAGGAAUGCAGAGAGAUGAGAGGCCAAUGUUAUUGUUUCUCUCCGUCUGAAGUUAUCGUUCUUUCAAAAUGCAUCAUCGGCGGUAGACAUUGCCACCGCAAACACGUCGAAGACGGUUGAUCUUUUUCCCCUAAAGUACCCCUCCCUCCUUCAUCUUUAUCUUUCUUCUUUUAGUCUGUAAAUAUUAGCCAAUAAGCCAUUUAGCCGAGCCAUGUGUGAUAAGGAAAAAGAGAGUUCUCACUCGGCUCUGCUCCACGGAAAAUACGAGCUGGGUCGAGUUCUCGGCCACGGAACAUUCGCGAAGGUUUACCACGCGCGAAACCUGAGCACAGGAAAAAACGUAGCCAUGAAAGUAGUUGGAAAAGAAAAAGUGAUAAAAGUUGGAAUGAUGGAACAAAUCAAACGAGAAAUCUCAGUGAUGAAGAUGGUGAAACACUCGAACAUAGUUCAAAUCCAUGAAGUCAUGGCUUCGAAGUCCAAGAUCUACAUCGCCAUGGAACUCGUUCGUGGCGGUGAGCUUUUCAACAAGAUCGUCAAAGGUCGGCUUAAAGAAGACGUUGCCAGAGUCUAUUUUCAGCAGUUGAUUUCCGCCGUUGAUUUCUGUCAUAGUCGCGGUGUUUACCACCGUGAUCUCAAACCGGAGAAUCUCCUCCUCGAUGAAGAAGGUAAUCUCAAGGUAUCUGAUUUUGGUCUCAGUACUUUCUCCGAGCAUUUGAAACAAGAUGGAUUGCUUCAUACUACUUGUGGUACUCCGGCGUAUGUUUCGCCGGAGGUUAUCGCGAAGAAAGGAUACGACGGUGCUAAGGCGGAUAUUUGGUCUUGUGGCGUCAUUCUGUAUGUUCUUCUCGCUGGAUUUUUACCGUUUCAGGAUGAUAAUUUGGUGGCUAUGUAUAAGAAAAUUUACCGAAGCGAUUUCAAGUGUCCACCUUGGUUUUCUCUUGAUGCGAGGAGGCUUAUCACGAAGCUUCUAGAUCCGAAUCCGAAUAGUAGAAUUACUAUAUCACAGAUAAUGGAUUCUUGUUGGUUUAAGAAACCGGUUCCGAAGAGUGUGGCGAGGAGGAAGAAAGAGAAGGAAGAGGAAGAAGAAGAGAAGGGAUUCGGUUUUCUGGAGACGGAGAAAUCGUCCAUGACUCCGACGACAAUGAAUGCUUUUCAUAUAAUAUCAUUAUCGGAGGGGUUUGAUUUGUCGCCGUUGUUUGAGGAGAAGAAGAGAGAAGAGAGGGAGGAGAUGAGAUUUGCAACGGCGGGGACGGCGAGUGGAGUGAUAUCGAAAUUGGAAGAAGUGGCGAAGGCUGUGAAGUUUGAUGUGAAAAGCAGUGAUACAAAGGUGAGGCUGCAGGGGCAGGAGAGAGGGAGGAAAGGGAAGUUGGCGAUUGCGGCGGAUAUUUACGCGGUGACGCCGUCAUUUUUGGUGGUGGAAGUUAAGAAAGAUAAGGGGGAUACGUUGGAGUAUAAUCAGUUCUGUAGUAAACAGCUUCGUCCUGCGCUUAAGGAUAUUUUCUGGACUUCUACUGAUCCUCCAGCUGCUUGAAUUUUCAUCAGUCUUGUGUUCUCUGUCUUGUUUGUUAAUUCAGUUGUGUAAUUGUUGUUUAGGAUGAGUUUCAUGUGUUUUAGACAUGAGAUUUGUGUUGUUUUCAUUCUAAGUUUUUAGGUUGUUUCUCAAAAAUGGUUGGUGAAUGUUAUUUGUCACUUGCCAUAGAAUUGAAUUUGAGAAAAAACAAGCUAGGAUUCUUGUUGAUGAAUCAGUGUAUGUGUCUUUGUGUUUGAUCCAUUGUCUUGUUACACCAUUUGUGUGUGAUAAUUUAUGUGUAAUUGGACUAUUGAAAUUCCUCUUCUCCAA